GUUAACAAAUGACCAUCCCUGUCGUAUCAGCAGAAUGGUUGUUUUGCUGCUUGAGGCAAGACGUAUAAACACAUGUCGUCAUUUACGGAGGAAAAAGAAAUGACCCACGUGGCUGCAUUCCUUCUGUGCUUAUUUGUGACGUCAGUGGAUUCACGAGCUGUAUCACCUCAUUUAUGGAACUUAAACGGCCACGCCCAUGUGCACCUAUCCAGCCAACCGGGCGACCAAGUUCAUAAACCUAGCACUUCCGUCGACAACGCCCCUAGACCACUUCAGACGUAUCUCCCAAUUCACAAAGGGGAUACAAUCUGGAUGGACGUUGUACUGGAUGGUAUACACAUGGAUGCCAUCCCGGAAGUUUUUAUCCCUAUGGCCGUGUUACGGGAAAGAAAGUCAUUGUCGUCAAGUGUGUCCUCCAGGAGAGCACGCGACACGUCGGUGACCACGUACUGCGCGACACCGGAGUGUAUGCAUCUGAUGCUGGAAUAUGAACAUUGGAGGAAUGAACAUGGUUAUCCAGACACUUAUGGAAGAUGGGGGUGAUGUGAUCGGGACGAAGUCGCGCUUUUCUGCCAUUUGUGACCUGAAUUUAUAUCCAAAUAUUUUGAUAUCUUGAUUGAUCUGUAGCGAUUGUGUACGGAAAUGGAACGCUGUGCUAGUUAUCGCCCCUGUUGUAUAAAAUAUAAAGCCAUAUAAAAAUAUAUUCCAAAUAUAUUGUGCCAGAAAAUUAUUUUGAUAAAUUUCAUGUAUAAAUAUG